UCAAGAUGGCGCCGGUCGCAGCGGCGGCGGCCGCGGCGGCUGGAGCCAGAGAAGGAGGCGGAGGCAGCGGCGGCCGCGAGGGGAGGGGGAGUCCCGUCUGACUGAGACGGCAGGCCUGGGCGGGCGGGGGUGCCGCGCAGGGCGGAGCGCCGCUGGGGAUGAGCUAAGCGGGUUCGGAGCGCCGCGGCAUUCAGCCCCUCGUGUCCCGCCACCGCUGAGUGGACGCCGCACCGCUCUCCAAGCUCGACCCGCUUCUCGAGCGGGAGCCAGCGGUGAGUAUUUCUCAAACUCUGAGGCUUGCAGAAUUCACAGAUUGAGAUCUGGCAUCAUUUUCAGAGAGACUUUCAGUAAUGUAUGUACCUUCUGUAAUGGAAGAUGAUUGAAGAUAAGGGGCCUCGUGUCGCUGACUACUUUGUUGUAGCAGGAUUAACUGAUGUUUCAAAGCCUCUUGAAGAAGAAAUUCACUUCAAUGAUGCCUGUCAUAAAGUAGCCAGACCAAAAGAGCCUAUCACAGAUGUUUCAGUUAUUAUUAAAUCUCUUGGGGAGGAAGUGCCACGGGAUUACACGUGUAUUGAUAUCACCCCAACGGGACUGUCAGCUGAUCUCAAUAAUGGAAGUCUUGUGGGGCCACAGAUUUUCCUUUGCUAUAGAAGAGGAAGAGAUAAGCCUCCACUUACGGAUCUGGGGGUUUUAUAUGACUGGAAAGAAAGAUUGAAACAAGGGUGUGAAAUUAUCCAGAGUACUCCCUAUGGACGCCCUGCAAAUAUUAGCGGCAGUACCUCAUCACAAAGAAUUUAUAUCACUUACCGAAGAGCCUCUGAAAACAUGACUCAGAAUACGUUGGCUGUUACAGACAUAUGUAUUAUUAUACCCAGUAAAGGAGAAAGUCCACCACACACAUUCUGCAAAGUUGACAAGAAUCUCAAUAACAGUAUGUGGGGAUCAGCAGUGUACUUAUGUUAUAAGAAAUCAGUGGCAAAGACUAACACUAUAUCUUACAAAGCUGGUCUAAUUUGUAGAUACCCUCAAGAAGAUUAUGAGUCAUUCUCACUCCCAGAAUCUGUUCCCCUGUUUUGUUUACCAAUGGGUGCAACUAUUGAAUGUUGGCCAUCAAAUAGCAAAUACCCCCUCCCUGUAUUUUCUACGUUUGUGUUAACUGGAGCCUCAGCUGAAAAGGUCUAUGGUGCUGCUAUUCAGUUUUAUGAACCAUACUCUGAGGAUCUCACAGAAAAACAGAGAUUUCUUCUGGGUUUAGCAUCAUCAGCAAAUGAGAAGUCUGAUAGUUCCAAGACAAUUCACACUAAUAAAUGCAUCUGUCUUCUCUCUCACUGGCCUUUUUUUGAUGCAUUCAGGAAGUUUUUGACUUUUCUAUAUCGUUAUUCCAUCUCUGGGCCUCAUGUCCUUCCAAUUGAGAAGCAUAUUUCUCAUUUUAUGCAUAAAGUUCCUUUUCCAUCUCCUCAGAGACCACGGAUUCUAGUUCAGUUAUCACCACAUGAUAAUCUGAUCCUCAGUCAGCCUGUUUCUUCACCUCUUCCACUGAGUGGUGGCAAGUUUUCAACACUGCUCCAGAAUUUAGGCCCUGAAAAUGCUGUGACACUCCUGGUGUUUGCAGUAACAGAACAUAAGAUUCUCAUUCAUUCCUUACGGCCUUCUGUGCUUACCAGUGUGACAGAAGCAUUAGUAUCUAUGAUUUUCCCUUUCCACUGGCCAUGCCCCUAUGUUCCUCUCUGCCCACUGGCUUUAGCAGAUGUCUUGAGUGCACCAUGUCCAUUCAUAGUAGGAAUUGAUUCAAGAUACUUUGAUCUCUAUGACCCUCCACCAGAUGUCAGUUGUGUUGACCUAGAUACCAACACCAUUUCUCAAACUGGUGACAAGAAAAAUGUAGCCUGGAAGAUACUUCCAAAGAAACCAUGUAAAAAUCUGAUGAACACACUGAAUAAUUUGCAUCAGCAACUGGCAAAAUUACAGCAGAGACCAAGAGAUGAUGGACUUAUGGACUUAGCCAUGAAUGAUUAUGACUUUAAUUCUGGAAAGAGGUUGCACAUGAUAGAUUUGGAAAUCCAAGAGGCAUUUUUGUGUUUCAUGGCCUCUAUUUUAAAAGGUUAUAGAUCAUACUUAAGACCAAUAACACAAGCCCCAUCUGAGACAGCCACAGAUGCAACUUCUCUUUUCGCUCUACAAGCUUUCUUAAGAAGUCGGGACCGGUCACAUCAGAAAUUCUAUAACAUGAUGACCAAAACACAAAUGUUUAUUCGUUUCAUUGAGGAAUGUUCUUUCGUCAGUGAUAAAGAUGCAAGCCUGGCGUUUUUUGAUGAUUGUGUAGAUAAAGUGGAUAUGGACAAGAGUGGUGAAGUGCGACUUAUAGAAUUGGAUGAAUCUUUCAAAAGUGAACAUACUGUUUUUGUAACACCUCCUGAGAUCCCCCAUCUACCCAAUGGUGAAGAACCCCCUUUACAGUACAGCUAUAAUGGAUUUCCAGUUCUUAGGAACAGUUUAUUUGAGAGACCUGAAGGAUUUCUACAAACACGAAAGAGCAAAUUGCCUUCAAAAUCAAGUAGUCCUAGUAGCCCUUCUCCAAUGUUCAGAAGAACAAAACAGGAAAUUAAAUCAGCCCAUAAAAUUGCCAAGAGAUACUCUUCCAUCCCUCAGAUGUGGUCUCGGUGUCUGCUGCGUCACUGUUAUGGACUCUGGUUUAUUUGUCUCCCAGCAUAUGUGAGAGUAUGUCAUUCAAAAGUCAGGGCUCUGAAAACAGCAUAUGAUGUACUUAAAAAAAUGCAGUCAAAGAAGAUGGAUCCACCUGAUGAGGUGUGCUACCGCAUUCUUAUGCAGCUCUGUGGUCAAUAUGAUCAGCCAGUGCUUGCAGUUCGAGUGCUUUUUGAAAUGCAGAAAGCUGGUAUUGACCCAAAUGCCAUUACUUAUGGCUAUUAUAAUAAGGCUGUUUUGGAAAGUACGUGGCCUUCAAGGAGUCGUAGUGGCUAUUUUCUUUGGACAAAAGUGAGAAAUGUUGUUUUAGGAGUAGCACAGUUCAAAAGAGCUUUAAAGAAGCAUGUGAAUUUAUCACAAACAGCUCUCUCAGCAGAUGGUAGUGACCUGGACGCUGUUAGCCAUGGCAGCAUGGAUAGUGGUCAUGGGACGCACACUGUGGAGCAGGCGCCCUUUAAUACGGGUUUGAUCAAAGUGUGUGCUUCUGAUGAUAGAUCUAGUACAGGUGGCCAGUCUGACCUUGGAUAUAAUUCAUUAUCUAAGGAUGAAGUUAGAAGAGGGGAUACAUCCACUGAGGACAUUCAAGAAGAAAAAGAUAAGAAAGGGAGUGAUUCUAGUUCCUUGUCAGAGUGUGAGAGUGCAAAGGGAAGUGCUGACUGUCUUCCUAAGCUCACUUAUCAAAGUUCUUCCAGCAUAGUUCGCCUCAGUGGUGCAAGUAACAGUGCUGAUAAAAUAUCAGGGGAAAGCACAGAAAGCACAUCUGAGCCGCUCUUAAUAUCGUCUUUUGAGGAUACAAAUGAAACAGGAAACAUUCAAAGUAGAUGCUUCAGGAAAAGACAUAAAAGUGACAACGAGCCUAAUUUGCAGCAGCAAAUGUCCUGGGCAAAUAGAAACCGUAAUCUUAGUGGAGGAGUGCUAAUGGGACUUAUGCUCAACAGAAUGAACCAGGAAGCAAACCCUGGAGAUAUGGUUGAAAAACUAGGAGCUGAUGCAAAAAUUCUUUCAAAUGUAAUCUCAAAACGCACAAGACCAAAUAGUCUUAAUAUUGGGAAGCCAUGUUUAAGAUCAAAGAGAGACAGUAUAGAAAAGGAAUCGAGUGACGAUGAUACACCUUUUGAUGGUUCUAAUUGUUUGGCAGAUAAAGUGGAUUCUCCUGUUAUUUUUGACUUAGAGGACUUAGACAAUGAAACAGAUAGUUCAAAAGCGCGGUUCAUUGUUCCACAAAAUCCCAGGAGGAGUCAGCGCCUGAACAGCAGCUUUUCAAUGAAACCUUUUGAAAAAACUGAUGUUGCCACAGGAUUUGAUCCCCUCUCACUUUUGGUUGCUGAGACUGAACAGCAGCAAAAAGAGGAGGAGGAAGAGGAGGAGGAUGAUAACAAAAGUGUUUCAACACCGUCUGCUAGGCGGGAUUUAGCUGAAGAAAUUGAGAUGUAUAUGAAUAACAUGAGCAGUCCUUUGACAAGUCGAACACCAAGCAUUGAUUUACAACGGGCCUGUGAUGAUAAAGUCACCACUAAGAAAAGUCCAACAUUGGUCAAGGCAUGCAGAAGAUCUAGCCUGCCUCCUAACUCUCCCAGACCAGUGAGACUUACCAAAUCUAAAAGUUACUCAAAAAAUGAGGACAGGCCAAGGGAUAGACUCUGGUCUUCUCCAGCCUUCUCACCUACUUGUCCAUUUAGGGAAGAAUCUCAAGAUGCAUUAACCCAUUCAUCACCUUCAUUUAAUUUAGAUACAUUGCUAGUACCUAAACUAGAUGUUCUAAGAAACAGUAUGUUCACAGCUGGAAAAGGAGUCGCAGAGAAAGCAAGCAAAUGGUAUUCCAGAUUCACCAUGUACACCACAUCAUCAAAGGAUCAAAGUUCUGACCGUACCAGUCUUUCUUCAGUGGGAGCCCAGGAUUCUGAAUCUACCUCUUUAACAGAUGAAGAUGUCUGCCAUGAGUUGGAAGGAGCCACUUCUCAGGACAGCAGCGCCACUUCAGGGACUAAGGGGGUUGAUUUCAGCAGAACAAGCCUGGAAGGUUCUGCCUCCUUAGAAGGAUCCUUAUCCAAGUUUGCCUUACCUGGGAAAUCAGAGGUGGCAUCUUCCUGCAACACGAGUAAUACAAACAUCUUCCAGAACUAUGCAAUGGAGGUCCUUAUCUCAAGCUGCUCUCGGUGUAAAACCUGUGAUUGUCUGGUCCACGAUGAGGAAAUCAUGGCUGGCUGGACAGCAGAUGACUCAAAUCUCAAUACUACCUGCCCGUUUUGUGGCAAUCUUUUCUUGCCCUUUCUGAAUAUAGAGAUAAGAGAUUUAAGACGACCUGGAAGCUCCUUUCUUUCACAUUACAGAUACUUUUUGAAGUCAAGCCCAUCUACAGAAAAUAUACAUUUUCCAUCCUCCUUUUCAAGUCAGACAAGGCAGUCUUGCAUCUCAACAUCAACCUCUGGUCUUGACACAUCUCUUCUCUCUGUUCAAGGGAGUUUUGAUCUGAAUAGCAAAUCUAAGCCGCUGGAAAAUACAUGUGCCCGAAGUAUUCAGAUCCCUGCUGAUAGAUCAAAAGCAGCUAUGUCAAAAUGUCCGAUAUUUCCAAUGGCCAGGAGUGUUAGUACUUAUGGCACCUUGGAUAAGGAAGACAUUGGAGGGCAGAAGCUCAUUCCUACAGGCAGCCUGCCAACUACUUUACAAGGCGCUGCAGAUUCUUUAGGAUUAGAAUGGCACCUCCCAAGUCCAGAUCCUAUCACUGUUCCAUAUCUUAGUCCAUUAGUGGUAUGGAAGGAACUUGAAAGCUUAUUGGAAAAUGAAGGUGAUCGUGCAAUAACAGUGGCAGACUUUGUGGACCAUCAUCCAAUUGUUUUUUGGAACCUGGUGUGGUAUUUUAGACGUCUUGACUUACCCAGUAAUUUACCUGGAUUGAUUCUUUCUUCUGAGCAUUGUAACAAGUAUUCGAAGAUUCCUCGCCACUGUAUGUCUGAAGACAGUAAAUAUGUUUUAAUACAGAUGUUGUGGGACAAUAUGAAAUUACACCAGGAUCCAGGACAGCCCUUGUACAUCCUCUGGAAUGCGCACACCCAAAAGUAUCCAAUGGUCCAUUUAUUGCAAAAAGGUGAUAAUUCAUUUAACCAGGAACUAUUGAAAAAUAUGGUAAAAAGCAUUAAAAUGAAUGACGUCUAUGGACCAAUGAGUCAGAUUUUAGACACACUGAAUAAGUGUCCUCAUUUUAAAAGACAGAGGAGUUUAUAUAGAGAAAUACUGUUUCUCUCACUGGUGGCACUGGGAAGAGAAAACAUUGAUAUAGAUGCAUUUGAUAAAGAAUAUAAGAUGGCAUAUGAUCGUCUCACACCUAGUCAAGUCAAGAGCACCCACAACUGUGACAGACCACCAAGUACGGGGGUGAUGGAAUGUCGGAAAACCUUUGGAGAACCUUAUCUUUAAGAUAUGUGUGUGUAUACUUUCAGUAUGUAUUGUAUAGUCAGUGUAUAAAACAACACUUUUAGACUCUAAACUUUUUUCUUCGAUUUUUGAAAACACAUUUGUACAAUGUUUCAGGAGGUUCAGAUAGUUUAUGUACAGAGUGUCUUAAGAAGAAAAUAGUGACAAGUGGGAGAGCGCCACUUUCUGUCUCAUUUCUUUUUUUCUUCUUUGGUAACAAUUAAGUAUUUUUGUGAUUUAAAAAAAAAUCCCUAAACAAAAUUAGUCCCCAUAAAAUAAGACAACUGUUUUAUGGAUUCUCUUAGAAGAGGCAGACUGAAAAAUCAUGUAUGGAACAAAAACAAAUGUAAGAUCAGAGUAUCUCCUGUUUUCAUAGACUGCUCAAAUGUUUUGACCACGAAGUUGUAUUAUACGUAUUUUAAAUUGUUUAUAGUAAGUUGAUAUUUUUUUAAUUUUUAAACAAUAUAGCAAACAAAAUGAACUUAAACUUAUGAAGCAAGGCAGUUAAGUGCUUAUUUUCCUCGUCUGCUGCUAUGUGAAGCAAUUAGUGCAGCUGCAGAUCUCUAUAUGUAUAUCUAUAUUUUUUUUAUUACUGGGAAGAAUGAUCCCGAAACGUCAUUGCUAGCGUCAGUGUUGUCCCAGGAUCGCAUGUUAGUACUCCUGAGCCUGACUGCAGCCGGUGAGUCACGGCAAGGGUGCGCAUCGCCCAGACGGACUCACGGAGCCUUGCGGAAGGACAGCCAGAGAGGUCCCAAGUCUGCUUCUGUAAAAUCAGGUUCAGUAUACCAUGAUUCCAAAAUGUUCUCUAUUGCUACUAGAUACAUACCAUACACAGGGGAAAUAGUUUACACAGCCAAAUAUCAAUUUAAAUUUUAAUAUUCUACAUGAACAUUUAUGUUGGGAAAUAUAUCAGUUUAUCCCAAAUUUUACCUUUAUUUUAAUAUGUAAAAUAUUGGGUAUGAUGCAAAUUACAGUAUAUUUAUCUGGAAUAUGACCUACUUGAGUAUUGUUUAUAUAUAUUAUAUAUAAAUAUUCAAAAUAUUUUUUCAAAGGUAGAAAAAUAAUAACUCCCUAAACGGACAGCCAGAUAGAAUUUCCCAUAUUGAGGAACUUGGCUUUUUUAAUAAGCGCCAAUCUGAAUCUGGUUUAUGAAAUCUAAAUCCGAAAUAUCCAGAAAUCAGACAGUAAAUUGAAUGUUCAAGUACCAUGGGUAUUAAAUAGAAUCUUAAAAAAUUAUUGUAGUCCCAUCAUUUCUAAGAUCACUUUCUUUCAAUAAUUUCUGAUGAAAAAGGUAUCUUUUAGCUGUUAGAAUUAUAGAUUUUAAUAUGUUCAUGUAGUGUGUGUUUGUACAUUGUCAUAAUGAAGGAAUUCUCUAGCCAAUGUCAAAGAAGGAAAAAAUGAAUGGUCCUAAAUUAGAUAUGUAGAAGCCGGUAGGGUUUAGGACAUUUGGACUUGGAGAUAUCUUAAACUCCUGAGACUUAGAACCAUUCAGCCGUAGAAAAAACACUUUUGCGUAAACCCCAUUGGUGAAUAACACCAAGCUGAAACAUUUCACAGCUUUCUACUCUGGGAAAUAAUGGGGGAAAUUUAAAAAUGUAAAAUUUACUUCAGUUAGUUUGGGGCUGAACUUGCUUACUUGAAAAAUCUGGUGCUGUGCGCAUGUACCUGCUUCCCCUUCGUAACUACCACUCUUGCCUAAACCUUCUUUACUACUCAGGCCCACACUCCACAAUCUAAUUCAGUCUUACAGCCUCGGAAUCAUAACCACUUGAAAAUUAUCCAUUAAGAGAAACAUUUGAUAGGUGAGGCUUUUGGCAUUGGUGACAAGCAUCCAUCCAAACAGAAUUCUGGGGUUCUAGUCUGGCUUUUUUGUUACUGUUUUGUUUUGUAUAAGAACAGCUUUCACUAUUGAUUACCUGUCUUUAACGCAAGCAAUAUAUAUAUGAAUAGCAGUUUAUUGAUUUCAAAUAUCUAAUCAAAAAAAGUAAGGUAAAGCCCAUUCUUUAUGAUUCAGACUCGUCUGGAAAAGUGAAUGUAAUUUUUUUCUCCUCCCCCCGCACCCCCGACACCAAAUUUUGUUUCUACUUUUGGUUGGGUUCUAUUUCCCCUAUUUUUAAUCCCCAGGGAAUAUUGUUUGUACACAUUUACUCUCUAAAACCUAAAACAUGAAUAGAAAGUGGUAAAUCCUGAUCAAAAGAAAAUAUGUAGAUUAUCCUUUAAAAUAGCUCCAUACAAACAUUUCUUCAGUUUUCUGUUGACCAUACAUUGUAGAGAAUUAUGGUCAAUCAUGUUGGAAAGAAAUACCCUUUUGCUACAUUAUCUUUUAUUUUCUCUUAGUUUUGUUUAUAUGUUUACUAGUUGAAAAUAAAUCAUGCCGUGUCCUGGUA